AUGGGCCUAUUCGGUUUGUUCAAUUCCGCCGAAGAGAAGCGCAAGGAGGAAGUGCGCACUGGCGCCCGGGCGCCGGACAGGACAGAGCGCCAGCAAUGCUGGGAUGCGCGCGACGCAUUCUAUAAGUGCCUCGACAAGCACGACGUUAUCGACUCGCUGAACGGAGACGGCAAGAAGAUCGCCGAGAAGCAGUGCGCGGCGGAGAAUAAGAGCUUCGAACAAAAUUGUGCUAGCGCUUGGGUAACUUACUUCAAGCGAUAUCGAGUUGCUGAUUACCAAAAGAAAAAGACGCUCGAACGACUACAAAAAGAGGGCGCGGAUAAGAUGGCAGUCGAAGGCGGUGCUCCAGUAUCUACGAAAGUAUAA